GAGUCCUUGAAGUGGAAGUGGUCCUCGGAGCUCAAGGGGCCGCUGAAGGUCCCGCGCACGGACGCUCUCAGCGGCUUUCGGGUCAAGGACUUCCUGCUCUCCCCCGAAGCGCCUGCCUGGGAGAAGCUCGAGAGCUUGUACGGGGACGAGGAGCCGCUGGAGGAGGAUCUGGACGACGAGGAGUUCUCCGAGCUUGUGGACAACUUGGACGCUCUCCGCAGCCGCGGCGAGGCCCGGGCAGACGCUCUCGAGAGGUCGGAUGUGGCCGAGAAAGGUCUUCGGCAGCUCGCUGCUGCGCUGCAGCAGAAGCAGAAGGGUUAG